GGUUCAUUCCCCUCCCCCCAGCUAAGCGGCCUCCGCAGCGGACUGUGGUGGCCGGCGCUGUCCACUGGGGCGGCCUUCAAAGCUGCUGUCCUGCCCCGGUGUGCGCCCCCCUCCCGGGAAGGGGCCGUGCGGGGACGAGAGAGACGGGAGGAGAUGCGCAGAGAGGCUCAGGCUCGUGCCAGCCGGGAGGACCCCCAGGCCAUGUGCAGAGAGGCGGGUGCUGCCCUGUAGCCGGCUCGUCUGAGCUGUGGUACCCCACAAAGUCAGGGUGGGCUGCGUCCAGCCCAGGCCUGUUUGUUGUGCUGCUGGGCGUGGGUACAGUAAAACUGUAACCCCGCUUAAGAAGGCCAUUGAAGACGUAGCGAUUGAUUGCUUGGGACAAAUAAGAGGAAAAUGGGGGAAGGAGUGAGAAUCUGGGGCUUAUAGUGAGUGCACCCCCUACCCCUCAGCCCUCAAUGUUUCCAGGGCAGGGGGAGUGCCCUGAGUCCUGCCAGGUUAAGAACCGCUGCCUUAAAAUGUGGCGUUGGGCUCCUUGAAGCCGCCCCUACCAUGUACUAGGGUUUUGUGGAUGAUCCAGUAUCAGGAGCUGACUGCGCAGUGUUAUUUUACUGUGGAUUGAGAAUGCACUUCAUCGGGGCCCCUGGAAAAUGAGACUUGAGGGAAGGUAAUGAUUUUUCAUGAAUUGCAAGCUAGUCUCUAGUGGGGACUCUGUAGGAGGAUGAACACAGAGGAGCUUGAGCUACUGAGUGACUCCAAAUAUAGAAACUAUGUAGCAGCAGUUGACAAAGCACUAAAGAACUUUGAAUACUCCAGUGAAUGGGCAGAUUUGAUAUCAGCACUUGGAAAGCUAAACAAGGUUUUACAAAACAAUGCAAAGUACCAAGUAGUACCAAAAAAGCUGACCAUAGGCAAGCGUCUAGCACAAUGCCUUCAUCCAGCCUUGCCAGGUGGGGUUCAUCGGAAGGCACUUGAAACAUAUGAAAUUAUCUUCAAAAUCAUUGGGCCCAAGCGUCUGGCCAAAGAUCUUUUCCUAUACAGUUCUGGGCUAUUUCCUCUCCUUGCCAAUGCUGCUAUGUCUGUCAAACCAACUUUACUCAGUCUGUAUGAGAUUUAUUAUCUCCCUUUGGGGAAAACAUUAAAACCAGGCCUGCAGGGGUUGUUAACUGGAAUUCUGCCUGGCUUAGAAGAAGGAUCCGAGUACUAUGAGAGAACAAACACACUGUUGGAGAAGGUUGCUGCUGCAGUGGACCAGUCGGCAUUCUACAGUGCCCUAUGGGGUAGUCUUCUUACCAGUCCUGCAGUUCGCUUACCUGGAAUCACUUAUGUCCUUUGCCAUCUGAACAGGAAGCUUUCAAUGGAAGAUCAGCUCUAUAUAAUUGGCAGUGACAUUGAGUUAAUGGUGGAAGCAGUAAGUACGUCAGUGCAAGAUUCAAGUGUGUUAGUACAAAGAAGUACGUUGGACCUUAUACUCUUCUGUUUUCCAUUCCAUAUGAGUCAGGCAACGCGUCCAGAUAUGAUCAGAAUUUUGUCAGCAGCCCUUCAUGUCGUACUGCGCAGAGAUAUGUCACUUAACCGAAGGCUUUAUGCAUGGCUUCUAGGUUUUGAUAACAAUGGGGCUAUUAUAGGACCUAGAAGCACAAGACAUAGCAAUCCUGAGGAGCAUGCCACUUACUAUUUCAAUACCUUUUCUAAGGAAAUGUUGGUUCAGGCAAUGGUGGGAAUCUUGCAAGUUAACGGACAUGGAGAGGAAAGUACACUAAUGCAAGACCUAAAGCCUUUUCGGAUUCUUAUCAGUUUACUGGAUAAGCCUGAACUAGGGCCUGCAAUCUUAGAAGAUGUACUGAUUGAAGUAUUUAGAACGUUGUAUACACAGUGCAAAGCAGAGCUGGAUCUACAGGUGGAACCUUCCUUCAAUAAAGACCACACACAGCUAAGCAGCAAACUGAGGGAAAACAAGAAAACAGCAGAGCUAAUUAAAACUGCCAAUCUUCUCUUUAAUUCCUUUGAGCCUUAUUAUAUGUGGGAUUACGUUGCUCGUUGGUUUGAAGAAUGUUGUAGGAGGACACUGCAUGCUAGACUUCACACUGGGCCUGGACGUGGUAGCGAGCCAUCUGAGCUACCCCUGACCAAUUUCUGUCUACUAGUGGACUUUUUGUUGGAUAUUGUUUCUUUGCCUACUAGAAGUAUGAGAGUGCUGUGUCAGGAAACCUAUAUUGAAAUACAGACGGAGCACUUGCCUCAAUUGUUGCUUAGAAUGAUUUCUGCAUUGACAAGCCAUCUUCAUACUUUGCACUUGUCUGAACUAACUGAUUCCCUCAGACUCUGCUCAAAGAUCCUUAGUAAGGUUCAACCUCCACUGUUGUCCGCAGGCACAGAUGGUAUUUUGCAGCUUCCAAGUGGACAAAACAGCUCCGUUAAAGAAUGGGAAGAUAAAAAGGUGCCAUCAGUUUCACUUGAAAAUCCUAAUGAUGUAUUUGAAGAUAGUGAAAAUCCUCCAAGUAGUCGAUCAUCAGAAAGUGGAUUCACUGAGUUUGUGCAGUACCAAGCAGACACAGCUGAUGAUAUUGAUAGAGCAGUGAGUGAAUGUCAUGGAGUUGCUGGUAUCCCUAUUAUAGGUAGCACAUCCUCAGAGACUGAAACGGCAUCAACUGUGGGAUCUGAAGAAACCAUUGUACAGCCCCCUUCCAUAACAACACAGGGAGCAGCCACUCGAAAUGGGAAGACGAUCCAAAAGACUGCAAUGCAGUGCUGCUUGGAGUAUGUCCAACAGUUUUUAACCAGAUUUAUCAACCUGUAUAUCAUUCAGAAUAAUUCCUUGUCUCAGUCUUUGGCAGCAGACCUUCAACAGGACCAUACUAAAGAGCAAGGACAACCAGCAAAAUGGGAGAGAGAAUCACAAGGAGAUGCUAAAGGGAAAAAAAUAAACAAAAAAUUACCAUCAAAAGAAUACCUUUCUGCCUUUAUUGCUGCAUGUCAGCUAUACCUUGAAUGUUCAAGUUUUCCAGUUUACAUUGCAGAGGGAAACCGUACUUCAGAAUUACAUGCUGGGAAAUCAGAUGUUGACUGUGAACAGGUGCAUCCUCCAUUGUGGCUCCAGACCCUUAUGAAUGCUUGCAGGCAAGCAAGUGAUUUUAGUGUUCAAGGUGUAACUAUUUCUUUGAUAAUGGACUUGGUUGGAAUGACUCAAUCUGUUGCUCUUGUCACUGGAGAAAAUCUGAACAGUGUGGAUACUGAACAGCCUCUUAGUCCAAACCAAGGAAGAGUGGCUGUCGUUAUCAGGCCACCUCUGACUCAAGGCAACCUGAGAUAUAUGGCAGAAAAGACAGAUUUUUUCAAGCAUAUAGCUUUAACUCUCUGGGACCAGUUGGGUGAUACAACCCCUCAACAUCAUCAGAAGAGUGUGGAGCUCUUCUACCAGUUACACAACUUGGUUCCAUCUUCUAGCAUUUGUGAGGAUGUUAUAAGUCAACAGCUGACUCAUAGAGACAAGAAAGUAAGGAUGGAAGCUCAUGCUAAGUUUGCAGUUCUUUGGCAUCUGACCAGAGACCUUCAUAUUAACAAGUCGUCUUCCUUUGGACGUUCUUUUGACAGGUCUUUGUUUAUCAUGCUGGACAGCCUUAACAGCCUAGAUGGUUCUACCUGGUCAGUGGGACAAGCCUGGUUAAACCAAGUGCUCCAAAGACACGACAUUGCAAGGGUUCUUGAACCUUUGCUUUUGCUGCUGCUUCAUCCAAAAACUCAGAGAGUGUCUGUGCAAAGAGUACAGGCUGAGCGCUAUUGGAAUAAGUCUCCGUGUUACCCUGAAGAAGAAAACGAAAAGCACUUUAUGAAAAAAUUUAACUGCGGUGAUGCAUUUUUCCACAUGCCUGUAACCCAAGGACAACUCAUUACACCCAAAGAGAACAAUGACAAACAGCUGAUUUUGGAUGAAAUGGAGAACUUCAGUCUUACUGUCAACCCACUGAGUGACAGACUUUCCUUGUUAAGUACCAGUAGCGAGACUAUUCCAAUGGUUGUGUCUGAUUUUGACCUUCCUGACCAUCAGGUAGAAAUACUCCAGAGUUCUGACUCUGGCUGUUCCCAUUCAUCUGUUGGGGACAGCCUGAGUUAUGAGGUGGAAGCAGAGAGCCUGAGUGCUCAGGAUAGUUCUCAGACAUUGAGAGAAGACUCGCCUGAUGAAAUUGUGCAGCAAGUAGUUACUGACUUGAUAUGCAAGGUUGUAAGUGGUCUUGGGGAAGAGACUGAUUCAGUUAAGCAUCAUCUGCAUCCUGAAGAUACAUCAUCUAAAAUCAGAACUUUGGAUCAUCCUGAGGAGGUAACAAAAUGUGAAGAACAAAAUAUUCAAAGCAGCCAGAGUAGUUUGCUUAGUAAUGACAGUUCACAGUUGUUAUCUGCUUCGACUGAGACAGGACUUGAAAGCUCAAGGGAUGAAAUCUCUAGAAACAACUCUUCACCUUGUAUUGCAGUAAGCCAGCAGUCCCUCUCUGACCUCACUUUCACUGUAACAGAAGCUAAGUCAAGACAGAGAAGUCACAGUAGUAUUCAGUUUAGCUUCAAAGGAAAGCUAUCAGAAAAAGAAACUAUAGUUAAAGAAGCUGGUAAGCAACCAGGAGCAAAGCCCAAGGUGAAAAUAGCAAAAAAGAAAGAUGAAGAGAAGAAAAAAAUACAAACAGAAAAGCUUAAACAAACCAGUAUUUUCUUUAGUGAUGUGCUUGAUUUAGAGAAUUGGUACAGUUGUGGAGAAGGAGAAAUUUCAGAAAUAGAGAGUGAUGUGGGAUCUCCAGGAAUGCGAAAAUCUCCCAAUUUUAACAUCCAUCCUUUAUAUCAACAUGUGUUGCUUUAUCUCCAGUUGUAUGACUCUUCAAGGACAUUGUAUGCUUUUUCUGCUAUCAAAGCAAUCUUGAAAACAAAUCCUUCAGCUUUUGUAAGUGCUAUCUCAACCACCAGCGUCAACAAUGCAUACACUCCUCAACUGUCCUUGCUUCAGAAUCUUUUGGCCAGGCAUCGAAUAUCUGUAAUGGGCAAAGACUUCUAUAGCCACAUCCCGGUAGACUCUAACCACAACUUUCGGAGUUCUAUGUAUAUAGAAAUUCUUAUCUCCUUGUGUUUAUACUACAUGCGGAGCCACUAUCCAACUCACGUAAAGGUAACCCCACAAGACUUAAUAGGAAACCGCAAUAUGCAGAUGAUGAGCAUUGAAAUUUUAACACUCCUCUUUGCUGAAUUGGCAAAAGUAAUAGAAAGUUCUGCAAAGGGCUUUCCUAGUUUUAUUUCAGACAUGUUAUCAAAGUGCAAGGUUCAGAAAGUGGUCCUGCACUGUUUAUUAUCUUCUAUCUUCAGCGCACAGAAAUGGCAUAGUGAAAAGGUGGCUGGAAAAAAUAUAGUGGCUAUUGAAGAAGGUUUCUCUGAAGAUAGCCUUAUUAACUUUUCUGAGGAUGAAGUCGACAAUGGCAGUACUUUACAGUCACAGCUCUUAAAAGUGCUGCAGCGAUUAAUUGUUCUAGAGCAUAAAGUAAUUACUGUACCAGAGGAGAAUGAAACAGGCUUUGAAUUUGUCAUAACAGACUUGGAGCACAUCAGUGCGCAGCAGCCAAUGACUUCUCUUCAGUAUUUGCACUCCCAGCCUAUAACCUCUCAAGGGAUGUUUCUUUGUGCUGUGAUAAGAGCUUUACACCAACACUGUGCCUGUAAAAUGCAUCCUCAGUGGAUUGGCCUAAUCACUUCUACUCUGCCUUAUAUGGGAAAAGUUCUACAGAAGGUGGUGGUAUUUGUGACCCUCCAGCUUUGCAAGAAUUUAGAUAAUUUAAUACAGCAGUAUAAGUAUGAAACAGGACUAUCUGAUAGCAGGCCUAUUUGGAUGGCAUCAGUUACCCCACCAGAUAUGAUUCUAACUGUAUUAGAAGGUAUCACAACAAUAAUUCAUUACUGCCUACUAGAUCCAUCUACACAAUAUCAUCAGCUCUUGGUUAAUGUAGACCAGAAGCACUUAUUUGAAGCACGCAAUGGAAUCUUAUCCAUCCUUCAUAUGAUCAUGUCUUCUGUGACUCUGCUGUGGAGCAUUCUGCAUCAGGCAGAUUCUUCUGAGAAGACAACUGUUGCAGCAGCUGCUUCUGUUACUACUAUUAAUCUUGGAUCAACCAAGAAUUUGAGGCAGCAGAUUCUUGAAUUGUUGGGUCCCAUCUCAAUGAAUCAUGGUGUUCACUUCAUGGCUGCUAUUGCAUUUGUCUGGAAUGAAAGGAGACAAAACAAAAACACUUCUAGGACAAAGGUAAUUCCUACAGCCAGUGAAGAACAACUUCUACUGGUAGAGCUAGUCCGCUCUAUUAGUGUUAUGAGAACUGAGACAGUUAUACAAACAGUGAAAGAGGUUUUAAAGCAGCCUCCAGCCAUAGCCAAGGACAAGAAGCAUCUCUCACUGGAAGUCUGUAUGCUGCAGUUUUUCUAUGCCUAUAUUCAAAGGAUACCAGUGUCCAAUUUAGUGGAUAGCUGGGCAUCACUAUUACUUCUUCUGAAGGACUCUAUACAGCUUGGUCUUCCAGCACCGGGGCAGUUUCUCAUACUUGGUGUUCUAAAUGAGUUUAUUAUGAAAAACCCCAGUCUGGAGAAUAAGAAAGAUCAAAGAGACCUUCAGGAUGUAACUCACAAAAUAGUGGAUGCCAUUGGUGCAAUUGCUGGUUCUUCCUUAGAACAGACUACUUGGCUAAGACGAAACCUAGAGGUUAAACCUUCCCCCAAGAUUAUGGUUGAUGGAAGCAACUUGGAAUCUGACGUUGAAGAUAUGUUAUCACCAGUUCUGGAAACUUCAAACAUAACUCCAUCUGUAUAUAGCGUCCACGCAUUAACCUUACUUUCUGAGGUUCUGGCUCAUCUUUUGGAUAUGGUUUUCUACAGUGAUGAGAAAGAGAGAGUUAUUCCUUUACUUGUAAAUAUAAUGCAUUAUGUGGUACCCUACCUCCGCAAUCACAGUGCUCAUAAUGCAUCUAGCUAUCGAGCUUGUGUUCAGUUGCUGAGCAGUCUUAGUGGGUAUCAGUAUACAAGGAGAGCAUGGAAAAAAGAAGCAUUUGAUCUUUUCAUGGAUUCCAGCUUCUUCCAAAUGGAUGCUUCUUGUGUUAAUCAUUGGAGAGCAAUUAUGGAUAAUUUGAUGACCCAUGACAAAACCACAUUCAGAGAUUUGAUGACACGAGUGGCUGUGGCUCAGAGCAGUUCACUCAAUCUGUUUGCUAAUCGGGAUGCAGAGCUGGAACAGCGAGCAAUGCUCCUAAAGAGAUUGGCCUUCGCCAUUUUUAGCAGCGAAGUAGACCAGUACCAGAAGUACCUUCCAGAUAUACAAGAAAGGCUGGUGGAAAGUCUCCGUUUGCCACAGGUGCCCACUCUUCAUUCCCAAGUAUUCCUGUUUUUCAGAGUAUUGCUUUUAAGAAUGUCUCCGCAGCACCUUACCUCACUUUGGCCUACUAUGAUCACUGAGCUGGUACAAGUGUUUUUACUGAUGGAACAAGAACUCACUGCUGACGAAGAUAUUUCAAGAACUUCAGGCCCAUCUGUUGCUGGUCUGGAGACAACAUACACAGGAGGCAAUGGCUUUUCCACAUCAUACAAUAGUCAACGGUGGUUAAAUCUUUACUUGUCUGCUUGUAAAUUUCUGGAUUUGGCUCUUGCAUUACCAUCUGAAAACCUUCCACAGUUCCAGAUGUAUCGCUGGGCUUUUAUUCCAGAAGCAUCAGAUGAUUCAGGUUUGGAGGUGCGAAGACAGGGAACACAUCAAAGGGAAUUUAAACCAUAUGUGGUACGACUAGCAAAACUGCUGCGGAAGAAAGCAAAGGACAAACAGGAGGACUUUAAGAUGAUGAUUUUGGAGGGAUUGGAGAUGGCCAAGCAUCAGAAAAACCCCGAGGAGGACAGCUCAGGGAAAACAUUAAGUUGGGAACCAGGCCACUUGCUAUUAACCAUAUAUACAGUCCGCAGCAUCGAACAACUUCUGCCUUUCUUCAAUGUACUCAGCCAAGUUUUUAAUAGCAAAGUCACAAGCAAGUGUGUUGGACACUCAGGGAGCCCUGUACUUUACCCAAACUCUUUUCCCAAUAAGGACAUAAAAAUGGAAAACCAGAAGACAUUCUCUAGCAAAGCAAGGCAAAAAAUAGAAGAGAUGGUUGAGAAGGAUUUUCUGGAAGGAGUCAUCAAAACAUGAGCCCUAAUUGGCACUAUUCAGCUUAAAUGUAAUGUAAUUGUUUAAAUGAAACACUGUACCUUUUCAAGUUGUAUAGUAUUCUUUUCUUACUUCGUAUGUAACAAAUACUUCAUGUUGUAUUUAAUUUAAAUAUUUGUAAAUAAGAAAAGAAUUCUGGAUGUGGCCUGAAUCAAGUUUAAAUAUUGUUGGCUCAUAUUGAUUAUGGUGCCUACUAUUUACAGUACACUUGUUUAAUUGUCUUGAGUUCUGUCUUAAAAAAAGCCCUGUGAAAUACAAGUUGCACAUUUUUUAA